AUGGCAUCGAUAGAUCUUAAAGAUGCAUAUUACUCUGUUCAAGUAUCACCAAAUUAUCAGAAAUAUUUGAAGUUUGUUUGGAAUGGUGUUGUUUAUAAAUUUACAUGCCUUCCUAAUGGGCUAGCCUGCUGUCCAAGGAAGUUUACUAAACUAAUGAAACCAGUGUUCGCCUCAUUAAGACAACAAGGGCAUGUGUCAUCACCAUACAUUGAUGACUUUUUUUUAAUGGGAAAUGAUCAUGAGGAAUGCAUUUCCAAUGUCAUAGAUACCAUCAAACUCCUGGACAAUCUAGGGUUUGUACCCCAUCCAAACAAAUCUGUCUUCAGGCCUACACAAAGUCUAGUAUUUUUGGGAUUUUUAUUGAAUUCCAUUACUAUGACAGUCUCCCUUACUCCUGAAAAAGCAAAUAAGCUUAAGACAUCAGUACAGCACCUCUUAUUAUGUGAAAGGCCCUCUAUUCGAAAGGUUGCACAAGUGAUAGGCCUCAUAAUAUCCAGUUUUCCGGGGGUGAUGUAUGGCCCACUUCAUUUUCGUUUGACAGAACAUGAAAAAACAGAAGCCCUAAAACAAAAUGCCCAAAAUUUCGAUGCAUUAAUGAGGUUGACACCACUUGCUAGAGAGGAGCUGCAGUGGUGGGUUAACUCGAUAGAUACAGCUGCCAAUCAAAUACAUAGGCCAGAACCACAAAUUAUAAUUCGCACAGAUGCCUCAAAACAAGGUUGGGGGUGUGCAGUGAAUGAUUUGUCCACCGGGGGCCUUUGGACCAUUACUGAGAAAGAUAAUCAUAUAAAUUACCUUGAACUGCUAGCUGUGUAUUUAGGGCUAAAAGCAUACAAAGAGCUUGUAUCAGAUAAACACAUACAAGUCUUGGUGGAUAACACCACAGUUCAAGUUAUACUUAAUAAAAUGGGCACUAGCCAUUCUGCUCAGUUAAACAAUUUGGUAAAAACUAUUUGGGAUUGGUGUAUCACAAACCAUAUUUGGCUCACAGUUGCCCGUAUUCCUGGAAAGGAAAAUAUUGAAGCUGAUUUUGAAUCCAGAAAGUGUAGGCGUAACACGGAAUGGUCCCUUAAUAAGAAGUUUUUUCAACAAGCGUGUGAAAAACUUGACUUCACACCAAACAUUGAUCUGUUUGCUUCUCGUAUUAACUAUCAGGUCAAACCAUACAUCUCAUAUCAUCCAGACCCAGAGGCAUUAGCAGUGAAUGCUUUUCAUAUGUCAUGGAGAAAUUAUAAGUUUUAUGCUUUUCCUCCAUUUAGCAUAAUAGGUCUGGUCUUGAAGAAGAUUCAGAAAGAAAAACAGAAGGACUAG